UGGGCACCUGAUAAUGGGUUCUGUAGGCGAUGGUUGGAAGAGGCAAAGUAAUACGUAGACGGGAGACAACCGGAAUUGUCGGUCUCACCUCUACUUGACUCUAUAUCAAACCGUUCGUCGUUAUAAUGAUAAGGUGUUUACUGUAAGUUGUUGCUUGGAAACCGGAAGAAAGGAAACAGUACCUUGCAUACUCUAGUGACUGUUGGUCUAAAGUCCCCUGCCCUGACAGUGACCCUGGUGGCAGCAAGACGGCACUGGAGAAAACUGUACAUAUAACCAGGAUGGCGGUAGUUGACAGCCUCACCAACUCCACAGCCGUCUACAACGACACGGGGUUCACAGCCGUCUACAACGACACGGGGUUCACAGCCGUCUACAACGACACGGGGUUAUAUUGUCACGUGUUAGAGAUGGGCUUUACUCGGGUAGGAAUCCCGCUCCUCUUGUCUCUGAUCAGCCUUCUCGGGUUGGCGGGAAAUGUCCUUGUUAUCUACGUCAUAUCCAGGAAUAAACGGAUGAACGCGCUGUUCUUUAACUUAGCUCUGGCUGAUUUGUUCUUCAUCAUCGUGUGUGUACCGGUUCAGAUCACUAACUAUGCCUCGGCCAACAGAGUGGCACUGGGUCCUGUGAUCUGCAAGAUCAGCUACUACGUCACCUACUUCACCAUGGCACUCAGUAUCUACUCUCUUGUGGCCAUCUGUGUCCUGCGCUAUGUGGGCAUCAAACACCCGCUUCACGCCAGGAAACUGUUACGCCGCAGAAACGUGAUUCUCGCCAGUAGCGUGAUUUGGGUGUUUACGUUGGUGUUGAACAUACCGGUGGCGUUUUUCUACAAUGAGACGUCGACGUCAUUGUGUAGUGUGUCUACGGGGGAACAGUGGCAGUACUACGUCUACGUCUCACUGACGUCAGGAUUUGACUUUGUUAUUCCUUUCAUCCUGGUCUCUACGCUGUCUACGUUGAUUAUUGUAACAAUAAGGAAAGACCUCACAGAGAGAGAGGAGCUGCAUCUGGAAACUGAGGAACAGCUUCAGCAAUCCAAGAAAAAUACGAAAAGGCUGAUUGUUCUGGUCAUAUUGGUAACAGUGGUCUUCUUUGUCUGCAACGGACCGCUUAACUUAACUUUAAUUCUUGUAGGGAUGGGAGCCGUCAGUUUUACGUGUGACCCUGUGGACGGGAUUCCUAUCAUUCUCAUUCAAGUUCUGGCCAUUUCAAACGCCAGUUUAAAUCCUCUGAUAUUCAACUUUGCAUCAAAGGAAUUCAGAAAGGAAUUUGCAAAAGCCCUGAGUUUUCGUUCUAAAAAAAGAACCACCGACAGUAUGGCUUUAACAGGUUGUGGUGGAAAUAAAAACGGAACUAAAUGUACUCUAAGAGACUCGCAGUAA